UUUGACAUUUACAGAAAAAUAUUCUGCUUUUCUCCUGCAACUAAAGAAAAAAAGUAAAAGAAAAUUUAAACCAAAACAUACCAAAACUUUAAAGGAAAAAAACCAAAAAUUUAAUAACGACAAUAUAAAAUUGACAUAAUUAACAGCAUAAAGAAUCAAAUUGAAUUUAUUUAAAACGAAAUUGUUUUCUGAAAAGUGAAACCAAAACAUGGAUAUAAUGGACAUACAAGCAGUAGAAUCUAAAUUGAGUGACGUCACUGUGACCCCAAUACCACGGUCACAGGUACAAAAUUUCUACAAUUACCAACAGCAGCGUGAGCAACGCGAACAACAGCCACAAAUCCAAAUAUCCGCUAUACAUCAUGCGCCGCGAGAACGUCAUUCCCACGGUUUGACGUCUACGGAAAGGGAUGAUAUACGUGUGGCUCAUUCGUCCGGCAGUCGUGAUCUGUAUGGGCAUUCUAAACGUGAGCGUGACUAUCAUCAGCAACUGAGUCAGGUAGCAGCAGCGGUGGCCAGUGGUAAUACCUCAAAUGCGGCUGUAGCGGCGGCUGCCUUGCAAUAUACCCAACAGCUGCAGGCCCAAUUAGCUUUACUGCAGCAGCAAGCCAAUACAACUGCCUCACCUUCAAUAACCUUAACACCCGCUAAUCCAAGAGCCUCGGUCUUGUCAUCUACUUUAGCCUCUCAGCUGUCCAUGACACCCAUACCAAAUACAAACCAUAAUAAUGUUAGCAUUACCUCAAAUGGCGGCGGAGGUGGUGGUGGUGUUGUCUCCACACCAUCACAACUCAAAUAUCCACAAUCAACUUCACCUCUAAUCUUAGGCAACAAUGUGGCCUCUAACCUUACAACAGCCAUGACCUCUUCCAGUUCCAAUUUGGCUGGCUCUGCGCAAAAUAAUACACAAAAUAAUGGCCUCACCAAAUAUGCCCAACUAUUGGCUAUAAUCGAGGAGAUGGGUCGUGAUAUACGACCCACCUAUACCGGUUCGCGCACUUCUACUGAACGCCUGAAACGUGGCAUUGUUCAUGCACGCAUACUGGUGCGUGAAUGCCUAAUGGAAACGGAACGUUCGGCUCGCCAAUGAGAUUUGCUAAUGGCGGAUGUUAAACAACUGAUGUCCACUUCAUUAACAACAAGUACUAUUGAUUCUUUGCAUGAUUAGUCUUGUUGUUUUAUUCUCUUUCUAUUUCCUGAAUAUUUUAACUUUAAUUUUUAUUAUUUUAUAACUUUAUCCCAUAUACUUUUUUAGUUUUAAUUGUAGUUUUAUAUAAAUUUUAAUAAUAUUUUAUUUUUAUUUUAAUUUCAUUUUAUUACUUACGCUCCCCGAAAAUUUGUUUUUAGUUUUUAAACAAUAGAGAAUUACAGAAACUGUUUUUUCUUGUUGUUGGAAUUUGUAUGUCAAAUGUUGGAUUUUUAUAUAUAUAUA